CUAGGCAACUCGGACACGGAGAAGUGCACCAGGUCCUCCAGCUCCUCCGCGCCGUCCUCCACCAUCUUCCCCGGCCGCCGCGACUGCGCAGGCCUGGCCGGCUGGCUCGAAGCUAAACUGGGCGGGGCGAGGGCGCCUGUGGACGGCAGCUCGGAGCGCAAGGCUGGGGUUAGACGGAGCUGCGCGGCCGCCGUAGUCUCAAACUGCUGUGCGCCGGAAGCCCGGCUGCCCCGUUUCCUGGUUCUUGCGCAUCCUUCGUUCCCCCGCUACCCCUACCCUGGCUUCGCGCCUGCAGCUGCCGCAGUCUUUUUAGAUUAAUCGGUCCCAUCUCCCGUCCUCCUAAUUCGGCCCUGGCCUUACUUGUAUCUCAACAGAGGACCGCGGACUUCAUUUCCGCUACCACCCCUACUUCCGGAAUCUCCGGAAGCAGCCUGUUGCCACGGCGACUGUGUACACAGCCCGGCAGCCGAGCUUGCCGGGUUUCUUCUGUAGCUGCUAAUGCAGUGGUCGGGCUGCGGAAGGGCUCCAGCCUCCGGAGCGCUAGAAUGGGUACUAGGAAAAAAGUUCAUGCGUUUGUCCGUGUCAAACCUACUGAUGACUUUGCUCAUGAAAUGAUCAAAUAUGGAGAUGACAACAAAACCAUUAAUAUUCACUUAAAAAAAGAUACUCGGAGAGGAGUUGUCAAUAACCAGCAGACAGACUGGUCAUUCAAGCUGGAUGGAGUUCUCCAUGAUGCCUCCCAGGACUUGGUUUAUGAGACAGUCGCAAAGGAUGUGGUUUCUCAAGCCCUCAAUGGCUAUAAUGGCACCAUCAUGUGUUAUGGGCAGACGGGAGCUGGCAAGACAUACACCAUGACGGGGGCAACUGAGAAUUACAAGCACCGGGGGAUCCUCCCUCGUGCCCUACAACAGGUUUUUAAGAUGAUCGAAGAACGCCCCACACAGGCCAUCACUGUGCGUGUUUCCUACCUGGAAAUCUAUAAUGAGAGCCUGUUUGAUCUCCUGUCCACUCUGCCUUACGUUGGACCCUCGGUCACACCUAUGACCAUUGUGGAAAGUCCUCAGGGGGUCUUCAUUAAGGGCUUGUCAGUCCACCUCACAAGUCAGGAGGAGGAUGCGUUCAGCCUCCUUUUUGAGGGAGAGACCAACAGGAUUAUAGCCUCCCACACAAUGAACAAGAACUCAUCUAGGUCACACUGCAUUUUCACAAUCUACGUGGAGGCCCAUUCGCGGACCUUAUCAGACGCAAAGUACAUCACUUCCAAAAUUAACUUGGUGGAUCUAGCAGGCUCGGAGAGGCUGGGGAAGUCUAGGUCUGAGGGCCGAGUCCUGAAGGAAGCCACCUACAUCAACAAGUCGCUGUCAUUCCUGGAGCAGGCCAUCAUUGCCCUCGGGGACCAGAAGCGAGACCACAUCCCCUUCCGGCAGUGCAAGCUCACCCACGCCCUGAAGGAUUCCUUGGAACCUUUGCUUAAGCUUUUGCCUCUACUGGAAGUACCUUCUCAUUUCCCCUCAUCCCUGAACCAGCUGGCAGAAUCCUUCAUCACCCUGAAGACCAAGGUGGAGGGCUUCUCCGGUGACGUCUUCCCUUCCCUGACUGAGGAGCUGGGGCUGUGUCUUGUCAUCCUUGUGUUCCCAGGCUUUUGCAUUGGGCCCAAUGGCACAGUGGUUGGGGGAAAUUGCAAUAUGAUCCUUGUGACAAACAUCUAUGGAGAAGCCUCCCAGUUAGAAGAGACGCUGUCUUCACUGCGGUUUGCCAGCAGGAUGAAGCUGGUCACCACUGAGCCUGCCAUCAACGAAAAGUAUGACGCUGAGCGAAUGGUCAAGAACCUGGAGAAGGAGCUGGCACUGCUCAAGCAGGAACUAGCCAUCCAUGACAGCCUGGCCAACCGUACCCUUGUUAACUAUGACCCCAUGGAUGAAAUUCAAAUUGCCGAGAUCAACUCCCAGGUGCGGAGGUACCUGGAGGGAACGCUGGACGAGAUUGAUAUAAUCAACCUCAGACAGAUCCAGGAGGUGUUCAACCAGUUCCGGGUGGUUCUGAGCCAACAGGAACAGGAAGUGGAAUCCACUUUGCGCAGGAAGUACACCCUCAUAGACAAGAAUGACUUCGAAGCCAUCUCUGCUGUCCAGAAGGCAGGGCUCGUGGAUGAUGACGGCCACCUAGUGGGCGAGCCUGACGGACAAGGCUUCGGACUCGGAGUCGCCCCUUUCUCUACCAGACCCGGGAAGAAAUCCAAGUCCAAGAAGAUGUUCAAAGAGCAGCUCGGCUCCUUGGCAAGAAAGGAGGGUGCCAGCAGCCCUGUGAGUGGCAAGGAGUUGGAUGCUUCCACCUCCAAGACCCAGUUGACCCCAUCCUCCAAGGAUGGAGAUGUCAAAGACAUGCUUCUGCAGGACCGGGAGACCUCCAGUAUUGAGCCCCUUGCCUCGGAAUCCCCAAAGGAGGAAUUACGCCCACCCAGGCCCAGCACCCCACCCGCCAAGCCUGUGGCCUUUGAGGACUUUAAGAACGAACGGGGUAGUGAGAUCAACCGCAUCUUCAAAGAAAACAAAUCCAUUUUGAACGAGCGGAGGAAAAGGGCCAGCGAGACCACACAGCGCAUCAAUGCCAUCAAGCGGGAGAUCGACAUGACCAAGGAGGCACUAAAUUUCCAUAAGUCACUACGAGAGAAGCAAGGCGAGUAUGAGAACAAGGGGCUGAUGAUCAUUGAUGAGGAGGAAUUCCUGCUGAUCUUGAAGCUUAAAGACCUCAAGAAGCAGUACCGGACAGAGUAUCAGGACCUACAGGACCUCAGGGCUGAGAUCCAGUACUGCCAGCGCCUGGUGGAUCAGUGUCGACAUCGCCUGCUCAUGGAAUUUGACAUCUGGUACAAUGAGUCCUUCUUUGUCCCUGAGGACCUGCAGGCGGCACUGAAGCCAGGUGGCAGCAUCCGGCCAGGCAUGAUGCCUCUCAGCAGGAUUGUGUCUCUGGGAGAAGAUGACCAGGACAGGUUCAGCCGGCUGCAGCAGACGAUGCUGCCAGAGGGCCCUGAUUCUGUCUCCUUCUACAAUGCCAAAGUCAAGACAGAACAGAAGCACAAUUAUUUGAAAACCAUGAUGGGCCUCCAGCAGACACAUAGAAAAUAGGGACUCACUGACAGUGCGUUGAAGGACGAAACCCCCAGCUACUCCUGCCUAUUCUAGAGGCACUGCCAAAGCACCUGCCCAGACUCCAAUCCCUCUGCUCCAAGGCUGGGCGCAGCCCAGAGAACACACAAUGGCCUACCUGCCAGGAGGAACAGCCUUCAAAGGACACCUUCGAAUAUCUUCACAGAACACUUUUGGUUUCGAUUCACUGUCUUAUAUGCAGGGACAGGAUAAAAUAACUUUCUAGUUCGGCUUUCAGUGCUCAUCCAAGAACUUUAUUUUAUUUCCUAUCUGGGAGGAUGUCUUCCCUAUGUACAGGUGGGGUCCUAACUGAGUCUCCAGUAAGAAAGUGAAGAAGUAGCUCAGCCAGUCUCCCUCUGGCAGGCCUUUGUCAGCCUCUUUCCUUUCCUGGUCAGCCUCUUUCCUUUCCUGGAUGGCCAUCCUGGGGAUGAGCUGGGUCCGAGGAGCCCUGGUUCUCAUGGGUGAGACUGUAGGUUCUCGCAGGGAAUCCUCUCUGUGUUCCUGAGCCAGUGAAGGCAGGAGGUGCUUCUUCCUCAGCAACCAGGAGAGGAGGCGGUGUAGGUGGAAAUGACUGAAAGGCAGAUUUUUACCUCAAAAUAAGAAGAGGCUUAAAAUGAGAUCAUUCCUACCAUGAAGUUAGCAGUGAGAACCCCAUGGUGGGAGGCUGUCUGGCAAGGAGAUUGCAGAACCUGCACUAGCUGGAAGGUUGAACUAAAUGGCAUCUUUCCAAUCAAAGACCCUAUGGUUCUGUUCUUCAGCCCAUCAAUGAGCAGCCAGAUGGGGGUUUUGUUGAAGAGAGAAAGCUGAAGGCUUUCCUUAAGGUCUCUGCCCUCUCUCCUAUCCACCCCCUUUCUCCUUCACUGCCUGGCAGAUACACAACGGUCCUGAAACAGCUUUCAGAGACUCCUUCUAUGCCAAGGCUUCCCGGAGCAGCUUUGAAGUCCCCUGACUUCAUUCCCUUGGAUGACACGUGGGGGGCUGUCACUGAUCAGCACUUAUGGUGUACACACAGCCUUGUUGGUCAGUCCUCAUGUUUCCUUUAAAUGUGGCCAAACAGGCAGAUAUGGCCAGGCUCUGCUCAUCAUCCCAGCUGAUGAGUUGGAGGCCCUAGAGAGUUCAGAUUCUUUCCCUUCUUGGCUGCCCUUGCCCUUACCAGCACUUGUUUGGGGUUCCCGCGUCUUUGGAGCAGCUCAGGAAAUAGAACAUAGUAAACAGGAGUACAUCAUCCUGCUGGAGCCACAGGAAGCAGCCAUUUGUGGUAUAACCAGUCCCCCUUCCCUUCAUUCCCUGUCACUGGCUAGAAUGGCAUGUGGCAUGCUGGUCAUCCCUGCACAGAAUUCCUGGACAGCCAGUCCUGGGGCCUGCAGGCCAGGGCAGGCUGGGCCUCUGUCAUGGCAGUUGGUCCCAUGUGUCUCUAGCUCAUUCGUCACCACAUACGCCUCAGUCAGUUCUGGCACAAACUGAAACAAGUAAUCGUCAGCGUGGGCAGAGCCACAGGAAUAAGCCAAACGGUGCUCUGUAGAUCACCCUCCAUGCAAACUCCUCACAGGAGCAGAUGCUUCCAACAUGACAGGGAGCUAGGGGGCAUGAUAUCCACUCAAAUAUGCCUGUUGUUCUAGAAAAUAGUUCCUGCUGAGCUAAUCUGACCAUCACAAUCACCCCUAAAGGGACUUCCAAUUCCAUCAAUGUGACAGAUAAGGUAACCUGAAAACACUCUGGCUACAAAAAGAGAUACUGUCUAAAGUAUAACAUUCUUUUAAAUGCAAAGCUAAAUUUGCAGGAAAGAAAGGAAACUGCCAGGAGCUGGAGAGUUGAAAACCAGAGUGGUCAGUGUGUGAACCGGCUAUGGCUGGUAGAAGGUGUGUGAGUGGACGGUUGCUUUUGAGUGUUAAUGCCCACAUAAGUGUGAGAAAUAAGACUAUGGCCCAUGCCUCAUAGGAAGAUGGAAAUGGGACCCCUUGCAUAAAGGUAGCACGUGAUGAAGAGGCGAGCUAAAAAAAUUUCCCCACUGACAUGGAGAAAUAACAAGGAAACUAUCCCCAGGGAUGAGGGAGAACAGGUCCUGUGAGAAUUUGCAACCAUGCACAGGUUUGGGAUUCAAAUUUACACUGUGUGGUCCAGGAACCACCAGCCUGAAGAAUUAGCAUAAAAAUUAGCCCAAGGCUUCAAUAAAACUGGAGAUCUAAAUGUUUGUUUUUAGACAGAAAAAAAAUUUUUUCCCAAGGUUGAAACACCUAGUAGAAUGAAAUUUUAAAAUCUAGUGUUCAGGCCCUUUUUCCAGCUACACAGCAUUCCCACAAAGCCCUAGUAAACAUGAGCUCCAAAGAUUAAACACACACACAGACACACACAUGCACAUGCAUGCACAUGUGCACAUGUGGCAUACAUGGAAACAAUGUAUCAUGAUGGAGGCACAGUGUAAAGAGAAUCAGUUUCAGAGUCAUUAGAACUUCAGAUAACAAAUUACUGGAUAAAGAUUAUACAAUAUAUAUGUUAUGUUUUAAAUAAAGACAAAGUAUGUGUCAAACAUAUGAUAAAGGCUAUUAAAAUAGAGUGCAUAUUUUUUUAAAAAGCAUUUCUAGGAAUGAAGAAAAUGUAGUUAUAAAAGUUAAAAUGACAGACUAGAAACAGUGAAAGAGAGAAUUAAUGACCUGGAUGUUGGAUCUGAAGAAACUGCUGGGACUUGUAGCGUAGAGGGAGGAAGAGAAAGAAAAUUGAAAGCACGAUGAGUCAUGGUGGAGAGAAUGAGAAGAUUUAGGAAGCAUCUAAUCACAGAUCCAGAGGAGAUAAUAGGGAGAUCACUCUCUUGGUGAUCUCAUCCAGCCUUGUGGCUUUAAACAUCAUCCAUGUGCCAACUCUCAAUUUUAUAUGUCUAGCUUAGGCUGCUCUCCUGAUCUCCAAAACUGUACAGGCAUACCUUGGAGAUAC